AUGACUACUACACUCCAAGGACCAAAUAAUUUUGCGGAUGAUGGUGGUGCAGUGAUAGAACGAAAAUUAGAAACUCAAAGUGAAAAAUUGGUAAUAGGAGAUGUUAAACAGUUAGAAAAUUUUUAUGAAAUUGAAAGAACUGUAAAGUUUUUAUUGAAUGGCAAUUAUGAAAAGAUAGCCCUUCAAUUUCCUGACAAAUUAUUGGCGGACUCUGUUGAAAUUGCUACAAUUAUUCGAGAAAGAACUCAAAAAAAAGUGUUCAUUCUUGCUGAUACCUCUUAUGGAAGUUGUUGUGUGGAUGAAGUCGCAGCACAACACGUAGAUUCUGAUGUGAUUGUUCAUUAUGGUCAUUCAUGCUUAAGCCCAACAUCAAGGCUUCCUGUUAUAUAUGUGUUUGGAAAAGAAUCAAUAGAUAUAGAUCAUUGUCUAGAAAUGACAGAGGAAAGGAGAGCCUGCACAAAUAACAUCAUGCAAUCGUUUGUUGAUAAAGAUUCAGCAAUAAUAAUAAAUGAAUCUGACAAAAACAAUUCUUCUUCUUUUUUGGAAGAGAAAAAGAUUACUAAUUUUGUAACUAAAGGAAGAUAUUAUAGUUUACCAAAAGAUGUUAAUAUAGAAGAUUGUUCGAUUUUUUACAUUGGUGGUGAGAGUACCACAUUGUCGAAUAUAAUAAUAACACAUAAUAAGUGUAAUGUAUAUUCAUAUGAUCCAAAGUUACGUAAAGGUCGACAAGAAAAUCUACAAGUUAAUAAGUCAUUAAUGAAGCGCUUUUAUAUGAUACAAAGAGCAAAAGAUGCAGAUGUUAUCGGAAUAGUGGUAGGAACAUUAGGUGUAGCUUCAUAUUUGGAGAUUAUAUCACAUCUUAAAAAAUUGAUAAUAAAUUCUGGAAAGAAAUCAUAUACAUUCGUGAUGGGUAAACUGAAUGUAGCGAAAAUGGCCAAUUUUAUGGAAAUAGAUUGUUAUGUGCUUGUGGCUUGUCCGGAGAACAGUUUAAUUGAUUCAAAAGAAUUUUACCGUCCUAUCGUAACACCAUUUGAAUUGGAAAUAGCUCUUGACCCAUCAAAGCAAUGGACUGGAAAUUACAUUACUGAUUUUCAACAGCUUUUAACUAGAAAAGAUUAUGAAAAAGAAUCUAAAAAAAUCGAUGACCGCGACAAAGUACAGCAAAACGAGGAGAGAAGUGAUUAUGACGACGACGAGCCACAUUUUUCGUUAGUUACUGGACAAUUGAAACAAGGACGUAAAUAUGGCAAAACAAGUACACCAGAACUUAGAACGACGACAGAUGUAACAAUACGUAAUAAAGAUACUUCAAUGUCCAUUCUUUUGAAUAGUGCUGGAGAAUUUUUGAAUUCACGGACUUUUAAAGGUUUGGAACAAAAAAUUGGUGAAACUAAAGCAGAAUUAGCCGAAGAGGGUAGAGCUGGUAUUGCUAAAGGUUAUACUUCUGAUGGAAAUACUGUUAUUGUUGGUACUAAAUCUACAAAAUUUAUUGCACUUGAUCCUGCAACCAAAAAGUUGAUAAAGUUAUUUGAUAAUAAUGAAGGAGAUAAUGAAAAUGAAUGUUCUGUUUGUCCUGUUUUACCUAAAGAUGCUUUAUAUAUUGGCAUGAAUGCAUAUAAAAUACGUAUUUUUGAAAAUGGAAUACCGAAACGAAAUGUUACUUAUACUGAAUAUGUUCCACAUAGCUAUGACACAAGUAUUGAAUUAAUACAUAACACGAAACCAUAUAAUAAUGAUUUAUACAUUGCAUCUCCAAAUGGUGAUAUCUUGUCAACUAAUUCUUAUUCUAAACAUAUCUUUAGGUUAGGCAUUGAAGGUCCAUCAUCUCUCUCAUCAUCAUCAUCUUCGUCAUCACCUUCAUUAAAAAAAACCACAAUUAUUCAAGAAAAUUAUUCCUCUUCCGCUUCUUCCUCUCCUCUUUCAAUAGAUACAACUAACUCCAUUAUUAGAAAUUUUGAAGGAAAAGAAGUAGCGGUGAAACGGUUAUUACUUGAUUUUUAUGAUAUAGCACAUCACGAAGUAUCGUUACUUCAGGAAAGCGAUGAUCACCCAAAUGUUAUAAGAUAUUACUGCAAACAACAAUGUGACCGUUUCUUAUACAUUGCACUGGAGCUUUGUCCUGCCUCUUUACAUGAUUUGAUAGAAAGAGGUUCAACAUUUGAACAUGCACAUCUGAUAGAAACAUUACACCCAUCAAAAAUUCUUUAUCAAAUUAUUUCUGGUCUACAUCAUCUACAUUCUAUCAAAUUAGUACAUCGAGAUAUCAAACCACAAAAUAUUUUAAUAACCACUUCAAAGCACAAGAAAAAAAUAAAAAGAAAAGAUGGAAUUGUUUAUGAACAAUCGACAAUCAGAGUACUGAUUUCAGAUUUUGGAUUAUGCAAAAAGUUGGAAGGAGAUUCAAGUAGUUUUCACAAUACCACAAAUAAUAUUGGCGGUACAAUUGAUCAGUUAAAUUGUUCUUUUACUUCAUCAGGAUCAUCAGAUAGUUGUGAUGAUUGUCCACGUAGAAUUACAAAAGCAAUAGAUAUUUUCUCUGCGGGUUGCUUAUUUUAUUAUGUGCUGUCCAGAGGAGAUCAUCCAUUUGGAGAUCGGUAUUCCAGGGAAAUAAAUAUAUUGAAAGGAGUAUAUGAUUUAAAUAAAUUGGAUGAUGUAGGAGGAAAAGGUAUUGAGGCUAGAGAUUUAAUUGAAAGAAUGAUUGAACGUGAUCCCCAAAAAAGGCCAAACGCAGAAACAGUGAUGACCCAUCCAUAUUUUUGGUCAUCGUCUAAACGUCUCGGAUUUUUACAAGAUGCGUCAGAUAGGUUUGAAAUAGAAGAACGAGACCCACCAUCACUGUUACUUCAACACCUUGAGCACGAAGCCAAUAAAAUAAUAGGUCUGGAUUGGUAUAAACGUAUGGAUAAAGUUUUUGUGGAAAAUCUUGGUAAAUAUAGAAAAUAUGAUGGAGCUAAAGUAAGAGACUUAUUACGAGCUUUAAGAAAUAAGAAACAUCAUUAUCAAGAUCUUCCAGUUCAUGUAAAAAGAUCACUUGGAGAAAUCCCAGAUGGAUUUCUUUUUUAUUUCACUUCAAGGUUCCCAAAACUUAUGCUACAUGUUUAUUAUGUAAUAGCUGAGUCGGAAUAUUUAAGGAAUGAAAGAAUUAAGCAUGUUGGAACUCAAUGGGGAGAUUCAUUUGUAUCAAGUAUGACACCAUCAAUUGGAAACCUUCUUUCACGUUUGAUUCUAAUUCUCAAUCGUGGAUGUGAAGG